AUGGGCGAUGAGGACGAGGAGCAAUCUUACAACCAAGGAUCGACACGCUCUUUCUUUCAAGAUGUUGAUACUAGCGAUAUCGAUUCUCUUCGGGGCAGCAAAGCAACCGUCGAAUACAUUGACGAUGAAGACGACAUUGCAGCAUCCUUGUAUCGCCAAAACAUAAGCCCAUCCGUCUUCGUAGAAGACAACACGGAUGACAGCCGUGGUAUACCAGUACUAUACAACCAUCCCCACGAUUAA